GGCUCGAGAAUGUGCCGGAAUUCGCGUGCAUUUGUUACACAAUGUUCGUUCACAAUUUUUCGAGAAGUGACACUACUCCGGUAGUAUGUCAGUGUCGGAUAAUUAUCGAAAUUUUGUAAGAAACGGAAGCGGCAUUGAGAUUUUGCAUCGUUAAAUGAUCUUUCCUGCAAUCAGUAUUUGCAUUUUACAUCCAGAUAAAACUCGCGCAAUAAAACUCGGCUCUUAUAUCAAAGAUCUCGAGGAACAGCAUACUCAGCGAAAAAUUCCAACUGUUCAUUGCUCCGUAUAUAAAUUAAUUUUAAAGCAAUUCAGAAAAGAGAAAUGAAUGCAAUAGAGAUUGAAUGAUCAUAUAUGACGACAGAUCUUACAUAACAACUGCAUAAGCGACUUGAUUGCUUAAUGAGAUCAAACAUCUGCAUUUAAUCGAGACAAGCGCAUUGUAUGCGAAUGGUAGUUCCGUAUGCGAAUAGUAGCUCAAUUUGCUGCGUUACGUCGAAAAAUCAAAAUUCCAGGAUAAGCAAAAUUAGAUUUUAAAUAUGAAACGAUUUUAAAUAUAUUGUUAAAAAUAGCUCUUCCUGCUUUGCGGUUUAUCCUAGGAGAAAAUGCGGUAAGGAUGCAUCGCACAUCGAUCAGUGAUGACCGCAACGCGGUACUCUCGUGAUGUAAAUGUACAUCAAGUCAGGAUACAUUCCGCGUACCAUGUAUAUAUAUUUUUCCGAUCGUUGAACUUGUCUUUUGAAACAGCAAUAAAUCAACAAUCAUCAGUAUGUUCGCACGAAUAAGUGACCUUGAUGUAAACUAUCGACUGACAAUCCCGCAUAGUGGAAAGAUGCUUUCCAUUUGACGAACACGUAGCCGACAGUCUCGAGAGAAAGAUUUUAUUCGAGUAGCUUUUUGAAGUUUUUUUCACGGGGGAAUAAUACAGCUAUGGCGGAAGACGCGAUGAAGGACUGGAAAAUCGCCAGGACCGGCAUCUCUCUGCUGUUGAAUAACAAAACUGAGGAAGCUGAAGCUCUGUUUAUCGAGCAUCCUCAUCUCUUCCAUGUCAAAGCGGGCCGUUGUUUUGUUCUCUUCAUGAAUGCCCUGAUGACUUUCGAAGAGGACAAGUUUCAGCAAGCCACAUUAUUACUUAAAGAUAUGGAACGAGAAUGUGCGGGCGAUAUAGGAUGGCUGAAGUCUGUAAAAAGUAAAGUGUUUAGAGCCGAAGAAACCGAUAAGGACUACGUGAAUAAAUUAGAGCGUCAAAUAGUUUUAGCAGAUACGCAGGUGUUCUCGGCUGUGUCAUUGUUCCUUCAACAAGAGUUAACUGGAUACGUUCGUGGCUGCUGGAUGCUUCGCAAAGCUUGGCGUGUUUAUCAACACGCGUACACUCAAAUAUCGCAAUUAUAUCGUCGCACCUUCGGUACAAAUCCGACUGGAUUCAGCCCAUGUUGCAUCAAUCCGAGCAACGGAUCAUCUCUGCAGAGUCCGCAGAGCCCGGAAUCUUCGGAAUGGUCGAUACCAUCCUGCAACGGUUACACGAACAACGUGACACCCGUGUCGUCACCAUCAGGUCUGCGAAGCUCUCUAUCAAUGUUCUUCUCGCUCACUGGCAUCACGUCUGAACAGCAGACACCCUUUCUGGAACCUUCGGAGGUGACACGUUUAAUGUCGGCCGCAAGUUUCGGUUAUGGUGUAUACCAACUGUGCGUGAGUCUUUUGCCACCGUCUGUGCUGAAAGUGAUCCACUUCUUCGGCUUCGAGGGUAACAGACAAUCUGGUCUUGCCGCUCUUAUGUAUGCACGACUUGGCGAAGAUAUGCGCGCACCGCUCGCUACACUAUCCCUACUUUGGUAUCAUACGAUUGUACGUCCGUUCUUCGCGCUGGACGGGUCCAAUGUAAAAGCGGGGGUUGCAGCAGCGAAGCAGUUGAUAGCUGAAUGUCAUGCCGAAUUUCAGAAUUCUGCCCUUUUUCUCUUUUUCGCUGGCAGAAUGGAACGUUUAGAGACAAAUGUUGAUGCAGCUCUAGAAGCGUUCGGUAAAGCUGUGGAAGUUGCAACUCAGAGGGAAGUCAAACUAUUGUGUUUACACGAGGUAGCUUGGUGCCACGUGAUACGCUUGAGCUACGAUGAAGCGUAUCGAUCCUUAUUGCAGUUGCAGCAGCAGUCGAGGUGGUCCAAGGGCUUCUACGCGUACUUAGCCAUGGUUUGUUGUGGAGCGAACGGAAAGUUUGACGUUCUCCUGUCGCUGUACGGCAAGAUACUUCCUUGGUUUCAUGAGACGAAAAACGAAUCGCAACUCGAUGUUUUUAUCAUGCGCAGGCUGCCGAAAAUCGUUGAUAAGGAGACUGGGCAUCCUUACACAGUUUUGUAUUAUAAGUUGCUCGUAUACGAGUCAUUGUAUUUGUGGAACGCUCUUCCGUCUUGUUCCACUGAAUCGCUGCGAGAAAUAUCUCAUGAAUGCAAAGAAAAUCAUUCCGAGGAGCCAAUGGUGGGUUUGACUGAUCUUAUUGAAGGCGCAGCGUGUCUUUAUCUGGGGGACAACGAAGCGGCCAUUAAAAGUUUCCGAAACUGUCUGAAAUGUAGGUAUCCGUCCAAGGACGAGUACGACCAGCAUGUCAGCGCAUUUGCGUUGUAUGAAUUAGGAAGUAGCCUUAAUAACAAUAACAAUCCUAAUGAAGGCAAAAAUUUCUUGUCAAAAGCGCAAACUCAGUACAAAGAUUACGACUUUGAAACUCGACUCAAUUUGCGUAUACAUGCCGCCCUUAAAAAUAUAUAGUGACAAGUGAAGAACGUAAUGGAGAUGCGCGAUGAGCUGAAGAGCAAGUUGAAGGAAGUAGGCAGCGUGAUUCCAAAAAUGUCAGAAGCCAUUCUCAAUCUGAGAAAUGAAGUGUCCGAGGAAAUGAGUCUGCACACGAAGAAUUUGCUGAAAGCUUUGUCACCGGAGACCGUUAGAAAUAUGGUGAAAAAUGAAUUACAGACAUAUGAUGCCGACAAAACUGGAAGAACGGAUUACGCUCUUGAAAGUUCAGGCGGUGCGAUUCUUUCGAUACGAGAUACCGAGUCAUACUCAACUGGUGCACCUGUGCUCAAUCUAUUCGGCAUACCGCUUUGUCAACAGCAGAACACACCCCGGGCUAUGAUACAGACCGGCGUUUUGCCGGGCGAAUGCUGGGCCUUCAAGGGCAGCAGCGGCAGCGUGGUGAUUCGAUUACUCGGCCAUGUGCACGUGUCCGGAGUUAGCCUUGAACACAUCUCUUCAUUGAUAUCCCCUACUGGGGAAACUGCUACGGCGCCAAAAGAUUUUUCCGUUUGGGGUUUGUCAGAUCUGGAUGAUAAGAAGCCUUUCUCAUUUGGCAGUUUUAUAUAUGACAAUACUGGUUCGCCGUUGCAAUAUUUUGAGAUCCAGAAUCAAAUAAAAAAAGCAUAUGAUAUAAUCGAGGUGAAAAUACAUUCUAAUAGUGGUAAUCCAGAGUACACAUGUAUCUACAGAAUACGGGUGCACGGAACACUUAGUGAAACGUAUCAAGUACACAAAAAUUAUAUUUUUCUUAAAAUAUUAUCGUUUCCUUACUUCAAAAGCGAUAUAAAUAAAAAAAGUUCUUUCUACAGAAUAAGGAAAAAACUAUUAUUUAAUGUAACAGAAAAUUAUUGA